GGCUGCUCUUGAGGGCCAAGAGUGGACCUACAUUUUCUGGGGUUGGGUUAGGUACUGGACACUCAGGGUGCCCUAUGGCUCUGUAACAUGUGUCUGCGUGGUACAGAAGAUGAUCCUGCCCAAGUCUUCCCUGAAGGACCAAGAAAGCAUCACCCUUCAGAUGUUACCACCAGGCAGUCUGCAAAUAAACGUAUUCAGAAUAUGAAAAGCCUAAGGAAAGAGAAGAAGAAGUUAGAAAAGAAGUUUGCAACGCCUGCUCCAAUUCCAGAACCAGGACUCAUAUGUUUCAGACCCAGGAUGACAAGACCCUAUGCCUCUGAUCACUUGGGAAAAAGGACAGACUGCUACACUUACAGGUCCUGUUUGGACUCCAGGUUGAUGCAUGAGAUCAUUAUACUUAUGAAUGGACAUCAGGAACUUCUCAACCCAGUUCCCAAGUUUUGUUUGAUCCUGGAUGAGGACAGUCCCACCAAUCAAGAGGACAAUGACCACUCUCCUCGAAAGAGAGAAAACAUUAAAGGAGGACAAAUAAGAAACACUGAAAGAGGAUCCCAAGCUUCUUGGCUUCCAGUGACUUGGGGAGACAAAAUCUUUAACAGCCUCAGCUCAACAUCUGUUGACUCAAAUGGGGUUAAAAUGUACUCUUGAAAACUUACUGCUUUGCUUGCUAAACUCACAUAAAACUCUAUAAAUGUUUUGA